AUGUCCUUUCAGAACCUCCGCAAAGUGUCACAAGACAAAUCUCAGGGUCUCAUGUUGCCCUCUCUGCAAUCGCCACAGCCCUCGGUGAGUGUUUCGAGCUCGGUGUCGAUUGCCGGGUCUUCGCAGCCUGCCGACAAGGCCAGUUUGAUUGACUUCCUAGGGCAAUUCGACAAAGACAGCACCGACCACCACGACAAGGGUUCUCUUAGAAGCCAAUCUAUUCACAGCAAGUCUCCCCCGUUAGAGACUAAGGAAACUCCCACCGUCGAGGAGAAAGAGCAGCCAAUUGAAGCGCCAAGUGCAGUCCCAGAACCAGAGCCAGAACAAGCACAAGAACAAACAUCUGAAACACCGACCGCAGCCACAGAGGCCGCAAAGGAAGCCACUCCAGAGUCGAGUACGUCACAACAGAUCACUUCUACUAGCUAUGGAGAAGGACAAGAGCUGAACGAUGAGUCGGAUUCCGAACCAGAAGAUACAGACGGCAAGACAGAGACACCAACAGAGCCCAAAGUAGAGGAGGAGCAAAUAUUACCGCUAAGUGAGCCAAACAAUCAGAAGGAAGAGCGGAAGACUCUUAAGAGGACAGAGAGCAGCAGAUUGCCCACCGAGUACCCUAAUCCACCCACUUCCACCAAAAAAGGAGUGGUAUUUGACUUCCAGAAGUUCCUUACAAUGUUCAAGAACAAACAGUGCGAGCCAAUCCAGAAGUAUUUGCGGUCUUUCCUGACCCAGUUCACGCAAAGGUCGUGGACCGUGGACGAACAGGUCAAGCUGAUUAAGGAUUUUGAGGCAUUUCUCUACGACAAGAUGUUGCAGUACUAUCCCUUCAACAUGAUUCAAGACGAGCUUGAACUGGAUAAUUGCAAAGAAGGUAUAGAGAAACUUGUUCUCACGAGAUUAUAUUCACAGGUGUUUGCUCCUGCAACCCCGAAACAAAAGCUAUCCGAACAACAGCAAGAAGACUUACAGAAUGAUCGCAGUUACCACCACAAGAUUCGUCUUUACGACUGGAUUACGCCAAAACAUCUUGACAUCCCCGUUGCGUUGAGUGUGGAAUCUAAUUUUGUCAAGCUGGCUUCUGACGAAAUCAACAAAAUCAAUAACUACAAGUCUCCAAGGGACAAGAUUAUUUGUAUCUUGAACUGCUGCAAGAUCAUUUUUGGUCUGAUAAGGCAACAGCAGAAGCUGCACCAGAUAGAAGAGAAUGCGGACUCGUUCGUCCCGUUGCUAAUUUACGUGUUGUUGCAAGCAAAGCCCAAAGUGCUCUAUUCGAACUUGCUUUAUAUUGAGCGGUUCAGACUCGAGGAGUUCCUUGUUGGAGAAACCUCGUACUAUGUAAGCACUAUGCAAAUUGCUUGCAACUUCAUUAUCGACCUGGACAAGGAGAAACUGACGAUAGAUGACAAUGAUUAUGAAAAAGAGAUGAAUGCUGCGAAAGAACGUUUGGAGAAAGAGAAGGAAGAAAAGAAACUGAAAGAAGAGCAAAGAAACUCCGACAUACUAUCGCCGCUGCCAAAGUCGCUGACAGGGCUGAUUGGAUCGAGCUCGACAGAAUCGCCGUCUGCCGUGCUGACCAAGUCUGCAGAGAUGAUGAAGCAGUCGCUGUCUUCGUCGUUCAACAACCUUUUCCAAAGCUCGCCUUCGCCGA